AUGAUCAGGAAGAAGUCGAACAAAUUAUCUUGGCCAUACACACCUGAACCUUCCCCACACCUUGAGCCUUCAGUCUAUCCCCUGGAAGACGUCCCAGAGGAUUUCGCUAUGUCGGGCGAGGACCUCCCACGGGCGAGACCCAUCAGUAUGAGGUCUCGGAAGGACGGUAUCAUGUCACCAGUCAGACCGACAUUAGACGAAGUACUCAACAAUACCGCCCCUCAACCCUACACCCUCGCCGCAUAUACCGCAUUUCUAUCUCAGAAACAUUGUCUAGAGACACUAGAAUUCACCACCGAGGCGAAAAAGUAUGCAGAAAAGUACGAUGAAGUCUCAGCGCAACUGGCGGGAAUACCUCUGACCAUCGACACGAAUGAGGGUUUUGACUUGAUCCAGGAUUGGAACCGAAUUCUAGACAUCUAUGUCAAACCAGGAGCCCCGCGUGAGAUCAACUUGCCUGCGGAGGAACGAGAUGAUCUGGUAGAACUUUCUGCAGAUUUCAGGCCCCCACAACCAGAGGCAUUUGACCCUGCAAUCAAGAGAAUGUACGACCUCAUGUCGGACUCCAUCUUCAUCCCCUUUUGCGAUAGCCUCAAGACCAUUUCAUACGCACAAACGUACACCAACAUGUCUGCUUGGCAACCCGAGGAGAUGGAAGUGUCCCACUUGACUUUUGAUGAGCGUGCACUGCACAACCGAAUACCUUCCCGACGGAAGCGGUCCCCGCCUAAUACCUCGGCAGCCUCAUUUGAAGCCACCCGAUCCCCUCCGCAAACCCACCGUCCUACUCAAUCUUCAUCACUCUCUUCAGCUCUCGGUCGACAAAGUGGAUCACGCCUUUCGACACAUCUUUCACAUUCAUCCGCUGUCUCGGAAAGUGCCCUUACCGACAGUAGCGGUGGUCUUGAGAGUCCACCACCAGGAGAUCAAGAAUCUAUGGUGACGCCCCCGACAACACCCCCCACCAGCGACAUGCAUAUCAGUGGUGGAAAUGGCCACCAUGGACAAUCGAGUGGUUUCACUUCAAUGCCUCUCCCCAAAUCUCAGAGGAGUGAGAGUGGAGGUUGGAAAAAGAUGACCAAGUUAUUCGGCGGAAGCAAAAAGAAAGGUGGUAGUUUCAAUGACUAA